AUGGAAGCUCAAAUCAACCGCAUGAAGCGGGACAAGACACUUCACGAGCUAUUUGGCAAGUCGGCUCAAGAGCGCCGGAGAGCUGCCGACCAGUCGGACGCCAACACAGAGGCUUCGUGGACGGUACUGUCGAAACAGUACCAGUCGAUGGUACCCAUCACUGCCGGCGUGUGCCGUAUUGGGGCUGACCUCUGCUGGGUGUGGCUCAGCAAGCAGCCCCUUGCUCUCCGAUGCAAGAAGCUUCGGCCGGUCAUUGAGGGCAACAAAGGCAGCACUGAGCCAACUGAGAGCACAGCAAUGCGGCUCCUACGGCUUUCUGAUGCCGCGAAAAGAGCUCAGGGGGCUGACAGGGGUCUUCCCCCUUUCCAGGCUCCGUCAAUCCCCCGGCCGCCGCAGACAGGCUUCUUCCCGUUUGCAUCGGGCCCGCCACCCCUCCCGCCCCCCCCCACCUCGAUGCCACCGAGCAUGGACACAAACGACGAGCCAGAGAAGGACCCUCCGUCAGCCGCGGAGCCUAGACACCAUGUCGCCUUGGACAUGCAGCCGAGUACUGAGGAGGAAGUUCCCGAUGAGCAGCCGGCGCGUAAGCCCAAGAGGUCCGUGAAGUCCGUGACAAUGAAGAUCGACCCGGAGGUGUCCAUGGAGCUGCCCAAGAGCCCUCCGCCAUUGCCGCAUGGUGACGAAGACGGCAUAGAAGAGGACUUAGGCGACGUGGUGGACCGCGACACCGCCGUAUUAACCGACGACGACCGGGAGGCACUCAUGGCGUCGGGUGGCAUGAUUGACGGUGUGCCUGACAAAGCACCCCACGAGCUCUGCGUCAAGAUAUUCUGGCAGUCCCUGGCCCGGCCGGGGAAGGUGGAGGACGUCAGGCUGCGAUUCCCAAACCUCAAGUCCGCGACUGAGACAAAGGACUUCUUGCAUCAGUGGAUCGCGCAUCAGCGGCAGCAAGGGCGGACGUCGCCCCUGUUCUCGCCCCCCGUGGCUGCCAAGACGAGGCUGCCCUCCCGGUCAUUCAUGAAAAGCUUCAGCCGUUCAAGUCCCGGAGCACUCACAGUGUGCAUGUGGACAAGCGGGGGAGGAGUGGGCAGCUGCCGGGUGGAGUGGCCAUCGAUGACGACGACGAGAAGCUGAUAGAGAAGCAGAUAGAAAAGAUCAAAUACGCAGAGUGGGGCGCAUGGCGGACCGCUCUGGCCGUUGUCGGGAGGGAACAUCCCAUCGCACAGGUAAGACAGACAGACAGACAGAUCUGAAUCACAUCCUCUUAUGUCUCGGGUCCCUGUGUGCCGGUGUGUUGGUAGAUACUACGGCCUGACCCUGAGCUGUCGUCCGUGCAAAAGAACCUGCUGCUGUUUAUCGGCAUUUACACCUUCCUCACCGUGUCGGCACUGUUCCUCGGCGCUGUGGGGGUGAGUGAACCCCAACCAAGCAGCAGAAAGAUAACUAACCUCCAAAGGCCUCCAUGAAUGGCUCUGUCCAGGUGGACUCUCCCGAGAUCUUUUCCUUCCUGCUGUUUGGGCAGCCCUUCAAGCUGACGGUCCGCAACCUCAUCAUAUGGAUCUUGUCGCUCUUCCUGUCCAUCCCGGUCCCACUCAUCAUCAACAAGCUCUUCAGGAAAAAGGUGACUGACCCUUGCAAUGAUUGCACAUCCAUCGCGUCUCCGUUUGCCAUACAUGUGUGUGUGUGUGUGUUGCGUCACGCCAUGCAGGUGCCGACCCCUCCCAAGUACAAGAAGUACCGGAAAGAGCUCAACAGGAUUCGGGCCGCCAACGAAAAAAGAAGAAGGACAGCAUGA